UGUUUCAGGGUGCUAAUGAAAACUCAUGUGAGUUACUUUGUGAGUUUUUUGGCUAUGUCUUGCUUCCAGAUCGGUUUCAUGUCUUCAACGCUAUUAGUUGACUCGUAUACCCUGGACGCUCAGAUUUAUGAAGGUUUCGCUGAGAUAUUCGAGCUUGUGGGAUUGUUUGUGCUAGGACCACGACUGAUCCUCGGUGUUCGAGAAUAUCACGCUGAGCUCGUGGCCCACUCUGAUACGGCAACCGCUAUGACUUCAAUUGCCUUUCAGGAGCGCAUCCAUGUGUCAACUAGCAGUAGUGUGUAGCGCAGGAGACGCUCG